AUGGAGCCCAAACGCGACAACGACACGCCAACCUCCGAGUCCAACCCGACGGACGCCAAGGACAUCUACACCACCGCCAUCGAGCCCGCAGGCGACGAGAAGCACGCCGCGGCCGAGGCGCUGCCUGACCGGGACGGCGUGUUCGGCGAGCUCGACGACCAGGCGAAAGAGUACCGCUCGCUCACGGCAUGGGGCGCCUUCAUGAUCAUGACCAAGGCGAACCUCGGCGUCGGCGUGCUCGCUAUUCCUGGCGUGUUCCACAGCGUCGGCCUGGUGCCGGGGUACGUGCUCAUUAUCGGCCUGUGUGCGAUGAUGACCUUCGCGGUCAGCUACAUCGGCCCCUUCAAGCGCCGCCACCCCGAAUGCUACUCGGUCGCGGACGCGCUCUACCUCGUCUGGGGCCCAGCCGGGCGCGAUAUCAUGGCGUUCCAGUUCUGCAUAGGCAAGAUCUCGGCCAUUGCGAGUUUCCUCGUCUCGAUCGCUACCUGCCUCAACGCCAUCACGGUGCACGGCGCCUGCACGGCCGUCUUCAUCGCCGUCGCUGCCGUCGUGGGCUUCUUGCUGUCCUCCAUCCGCACGCUGCACAAGGUAUCCUGGCUCGCGUGGGUCGGCGUCGUGUCCAUCUCGGUCGGGCUGCUCGUCGUCACUAUCGCCGUUGGGAUCCAGGACCGCCCCGCGGCGGCGCCGCGCACCGGUCCGUGGGACAAGGACCUGCGUAUCUUUGCCAACCCCUCAUUCACCCAAUGCAUCUCGUCCAUCACGACCAUCAUCUUCAGCUACUCUGCCACGCCGACCUUCUUCUCCGUCCUGUGCGAGAUGAAGGAGCCGCGCAAGUACCAGCGCGUGAUGCUCGCGUCGCAGGGGCUCAUGUGCGUCAUCUACCUCGUCAUCGGCACGCUCUUCUACUACUACUGCGGGCAGUACGUCUCGUCGCCUAGUCUUGGAUCAGCAGGUCCGCUCACGAAGCGCAUCUCGUACGGCCUCGUCCUGCCUGCGCUCCUCGUGUCCCUCUGUAUCUGGACCCACAUCAUCGCCAAGUUUCUCUUCGUGCGCAUCCUCUUCGGGACGUACGACCUCACCCACCCGACCAAGAAGCACUACAUCGUGUGGCUGAGCAUCAACUUUGUCUCCACGCUCCUCGGGUACUUGUUCGCCUCGGCCAUCCCCAUCUUCAGCGUCAUCGUCAGCUUCAUCGGCGCCACCUGCUCCACGCCCGGCACGCUCCUCCCCUUCCCCAUCAUGUGGUGGCACGACGAGUGGCGCCGCAGGCCGUGGGCCGAGCGCAAGCCCAAGCUCGCCACCGCGAUCGUCUACCUUACCAUGGUGCUCUUCGCCUGCACGAUCAUCGUGUCGGGCACGUACAGCUCGAUCAAGCAGAUCAUCAAUGCCAAGGCGACCAACGGGCCGUGGACGUGCGCCGACAACUCGAACUCGGUGCCGAAGAAGUAG